AUGCAUGUCUCGACAAGCCGGACCCAUCUUUAUUGAAUCCCACGUGGUACUUUCGGAAAUGAAUCAGUUGAAAGUUUAUGAAUGUGUUAUGAACCACAAAUAAAACUAAAACUAAUAGAAGUGAUUGAAACAAAAUAAAAUUAAACUGUCCAAUAAACUCUAAAAUGUUAAAAAAGCAAGUAAACACAUAGUACAUACAUACAUUGGUGUAUUUGCGCUAACGGACUACAGUCACGAAGGAAUAAGACUUUGUAACCAUUUUGCUCGCAGUAAAAAGAGGCGAAAGAAGAAGAAAAAGAAGAAGAACCAUCGUACGAUCCUUCAUGGCAUGGGGUGACAAGCUUUUUGUUUACAAGUUACAUAGUAAAUGCAAUGGAAGUUAGCGGUGCUGAAAAGAAACCACCGCCGAGUAGUAUUUCGAAAAAGUGUUGCCACCUGGAAGCUGGAGACCUGAAUAUUACCUCGACUUGGAAAAUUGUCAAUGAAAAAUUACUCCACAAUACAAUUUCUACUGCCAGCUUCAAACAAUCGCCUGGAAGAGCAGAACUAGAGGAUGUAGUUUCACUGGAAACAUGUAUAAGACUGGAAGGAAAUGUGCAUGACAAAAGGGAGCCGUGCAACAUUGAUAUUAAGUUGAAUAAUGGUCAAAAAAUAGCGAGGAUUGCCAUAGUCUCGGAGGCGUUUCUAAUCGAAUUAUACAAGCAAUUUGGAGAGUAUGUCAGUACCGCACAUGCGGAAUUCAUUGAUGAAUUUGAACAUAGUGCUGUAUAUUUUGCAGACGUAUGUCUGAAUCCACCCACGCCGGAAGUUAGCAUCAAGUUUGCCAGACUGAAGAAUCCUAGUACAGCCAUGUGGUUGUAUGGAAUACGAAUUUCUCUUACAGAACCUGAGCCAAGUACAAAGUCUCAAGAAUUUGAUUACAACGUUAUAGGUGAAUUAUUGCAAACUAAAGCUGGAUCGUCACCAAAGUCUGCAGAUUGGGCGAAAAAGAUUCUGGAAAAAUCAGAGGCUCCAAUAGAGAAUAUAAAUCCUGAGCUUGACUCCUUUUAUCAAAACUUUAUGGGCAUCAAUUUAGACUCAUCGAAGCACAUACAUUUUCAUCAUAGGCAAGAUUCUCGGACGUCUGCACCUAGGAAACAAAAUGUGGAAUGUAUUGGUGAUUCUGCAGAUAUUCUUGAUUCCAACUUCAAAACAUACAUUGACGAUAGGCUGAGAGAGAUGGAGGAAAGACUUGCUCAAAGGAUAGACACAAUAAAUUAUAAAACAAAUGAAAAAUUGGAUGAUAUCAUCAGAUUACUCAGUAAUAGACAAAAUUGAAUAAUUGCAGUACAUUAAAAAAGUACAGCAAAUCCAACUGGCUCUAUUUACCGGAGAAAAAAGGGUAAAAAGUUUAUCAAUAGACAAAUGAGUAAUUUUUAACUAAUUCAUCAUAGGUAUAUCAUUUAUCUAAUUCCUCUAGCUGUGUGUAUGGUUAUUUCACAUCGUUAUGUAAUUAAGUAUGUACUGUAACAUAUACUAUACAAAUUCUGUACAUAUACUUGAUGCAAAGCAUAUUGCUAUUCACACGUUUUUUUUUAGAUCCUUUAGAUCUUACAUGAUGUACUUAUAAACAGGAGUGAACGGAUCAGAGUUACAUAUGAAGCCGAGGGUUCAUUUUAUAUAUGAUUUUGAUAGAACUAAUUGUAGUAGGAUUAGAAAAAACCCGUAGCUCCCACCCUUUUCAUGUUUCUAGUCUAAGAUUGCCCUGCUUCAGAUUUAUGCUCCGUUAACACAAGCUAAGAUAUACAUUAGAAAUUUAAUCAUUUUUCUAUCUAAAUAAAACAUGAAACACAACUGCUUUUCAUCUACCUUGCAACAUUGCUAAUCGAAUUGUCAAACAUGUAAGAAAGUGUUUGCAGGUUUAGAUUUUUGCGUCUAAAUUUUUUUCUAAAUUGCUUCAUAACAUUUAUUAAAAAAUAUUACACUGUUCAACUGCAAUAUGGAAUUGGAGUACACAACUUGCUAGUAAAAUAGAAAUUGCAUCUUUAAAACACCUCGCAUUUGAGACUAUCUCUAUCUAAAUUUAAGCAAAGAAUUUUUCAAAUAUCCAUUCAAAUAAUGCAAAAUUUCUCAGUCAUA